AUGGAGAAACUCAGAAUACUUUUGGUUGGCUCUGGGGGACGUGAGCACGCACUUGCUUGGAAAUUGGCACAGUCGCCACUCGUUGAAACUAUAUAUGUAAGCCCCGGUAACGGAGGCACUGCAAAAAGACUUAACAAAGUUUCAAAUGUUAAUAUUGGAGUCAGUGAUUUUUCCAAAUUAACAGAAUUUGCAUUGAACAAUCAUGUAAAUUUUGUUAUUCCUGGGCCCGAACAGCCAUUAGUUGAAGGCAUACAAUCAGCAGCUGUGAUGGAAGGGUCCAAAACUUUUUCGAAAAAUUUCAUGAAAAAGCAUAACAUUCCAACAGCUGCAUAUAAAAAUUUCUCCGAUUACGAGAAAGCAAAGGCAUAUCUAAAUUCAAUAUCUCACAAGAUUGUAAUCAAGGCUUCUGGUCUCGCGGGUGGUAAAGGUGUAUUGAUUCCUACUAAUAAACAAGAAGCUCUCGAAGCUUUGAAAGAACUAAUGGUUGAUAGAGCUUUUGGAUCGGCAGGUGAUGAAGUAGUCAUUGAAGAAUUUCUUGAAGGCCAAGAAUUGAGUGUUUUGAGUUUCUCAGAUGGAUAUACAAUAAUUCCACUUCCUCCAGCUCAAGACCACAAACGUAUCUUUGAUGGCGAUUUGGGUCCCAAUACUGGUGGCAUGGGCUGUUACUGUCCAACUCCCAUCGCCACACCCGAAUUGAUCACAGAAAUUAAAAACACUAUUCUUAUGCCCACUAUAUCUGGGAUGAGACGAGAUGGCUUUCCAUUUGUCGGAAUGCUCUUUACAGGUUUAAUGAUUACUUCAUCGGGACCGAAAGUGCUAGAAUAUAAUGUUCGUUUUGGGGAUCCCGAGACUGAGGCAGUUUUACCCUUACUAAGCGAUGAUACAGAUCUCGCCGAAAUUAUGCUGGCUUGCACUGAGGGAAGAUUGGAUUCUGUGCAUAUCUCUACAAAGCCUGGUUUCGCUGCAACAGUUAUAAUUGCCGCAGGAGGAUACCCUGGCAAAUACUCAAAAGGAAAAGAAAUAACUAUUCACAAUAUUGCACCCGAUACGUUAAUAUUUCAUGCUGGUACAAGUAUUCUGAAUGAUAAACUUGUCACAUCAGGCGGUCGAGUUCUUGCCGUCUCUGGAGUUGCAAGUACACUGAGGGAAGCAGUAGAUAAUGUUUAUGAAACAGUGAAACUUAUUAAUUUCGAAAACUUGUUUUACAGAAAUGAUAUAGCUCACCGAGCCUUCGAAUAUCUCGCUGAGAAAUCAAUUGAAAAUAAUAAUCGUGUGAUGACUUAUGAAUCUGCUGGAGUAUCCAUAGACUCUGGAAAUAAGUUGGUAGAUCAAAUAAAACCAUUGGUAAAAUCGACAAAGCGACGCGGCUUGAUAUCUGAAAUUGGUGGGUUUGGGGGUCUGUUUGAUUUGAAAGAAGCUGGUUAUGAUGAUCCAAUUUUAGUAUCAACAACUGAUGGUGUCGGCACAAAAUUGAAGAUUGCUCAGGCUAUAAAUAAAUUUGAUACUAUCGGCAUCGAUUUGGUUGCUAUGAGUGUCAACGAUCUUCUUGUACAAGGCGCAGAACCAUUAUUUUUCCUUGACUAUUAUGCCUGUGGCAAAUUACAUAUUGAUGUAGCCAAGGACGUGAUAAAGGGUGUUGUAGAAGGAUGCCUUCAAUCUGAAUGCGCUUUAAUUGGGGGUGAAACUGCAGAAAUGCCGGGUGUUUAUAGUGCUGAUGAAUUUGAUUUGGCCGGAUUUGCAGUUGGAGCAGUUAAUCGAGAUGGGAUUCUUCCACGUACUUCCGAAAUCCAGGCUGAUAAUCUGCUGCUUGGUCUCGCUUCUUCGGGUGUCCAUUCCAAUGGAUUCUCGCUUAUUCGUAAAGUAAUCAAUAAACAUAAUCUUGAAUAUAUGUCUCCGUGUCCUUGGGAUCCAACAAAAACUUUGGGUGAAAGUCUACUUACUCCGACGAGAAUCUACGUAAGACAAUUGCUUCCUGUUAUUAAGAAAGGACUUGUGAAAGCAAUGGCUCAUAUUACCGGAGGUGGAUUUGUAGAUAAUAUUCCCCGAGUUUUGCCUGAUAAUAUUGGUGCUAUUAUAGAUACGAGUAAAUGGACCUUACCUGAGGUUUUUAAAUGGAUGGCGCAAUACGGAAAUAUUCCAUAUGAUGAACUAUUCAGGACAUUUAAUUGUGGUAUUGGAAUGGUACUUGUUGUAUCCCCAGAGAAUAUUGAAGAGACGACUAGACUGCUUCAAAAUUUUGACGUCCAAACCUUUAACAUUGGUCGAUUAAUAAAUGUAAAGGAUAAUGAAAGACGUGUUACACUAAGGUUCGAUUGA